CGCUGGGCGUCGCGGGAGUUGUGGUUCCGGGGCUCGGCCGCGGCGCCGGGAGGUGCCGGGACCCGCGGCUGCAGGCGCCAGCCCUCGUUGCGGCCGCUGGCACCAUGUCCCGAGUGUUGGUGCCCUGCCACGUGAAAGGCACCGUGGCCCUGCAGGUGGGCGACGUGCGGACCUCCCAGGGCCGGCCUGGCGUGCUGGUCCUCGAUGUCACCUUCCCCAGCGUCGCGCCCUUCGAGUUGCAGGAGAUCAUGUUUAAGAAUUACUACACAGCCUUUUUGAGCAUCCGUGUUCGCCAGCACAGCUCCAUGCAUACCCCGGCCAAAUGGGUGACCUGCCUGCGGGACUACCGCCUGAUGCCCGACCCGCACAGGGAGGAGGGGGCCCAGGAGCACGUGUCGCUGUUCAAGCACCAGAUGCUGUGUGACAUGGCCAGAGUACAGGAGCUGCGCCUGAUUCUGCGGCAGCCAUCGCCACUGUGGCUGUCUUUCACAGUGGAGGAACUCCAGAUUUACCAGCAGGGACCCAAGAGCCCCUCCGUGACCUUCCCCCAGUGGCUUUCCCACCCAGCGCCUUGUGAGCAGCCUGCUCGCCUUGAGGGUCUCCCAGACCCCAACAGGGUAUCCUCCGAGGUGCAGCAGAUGUGGGCGCUGACGGAGAUGAUCCGGGCCAGCCACACCUCCACGAGGAUCGGCCGCUUUGAUGUGGAUGGCUGUUACGACCUGAACUUGCUCUCCUACACCUGAGCCAUGGCUGGUAGAAGGAAGUUGGCCUUCGGUGCCCACCCAGGCCUUGUUUGGGCCACCAGAGGCCGAAGUGCUUUCCCUGUGCAUUCCGAGUAUUGUCUGCUUGCCCAUUCUGUCUGGGCCACAUUCACAGAUUCAGGAUUCUUGGGGGCUCACAGUGUUGCUUCAGCAUGAGAUCCCAGCUGGGGUGCAUUCUGUCCUUACUCUGACUGCCAGUCCGAAACCACUUCUUUUCCUACCCUAAAGACACUCCAAUUCUACUGAGAGUCCCGGGUGCCCUCUGCGCCUCCUGCCAAUGAGCAUACUCCUCUGUCUUCUGCUUGCCCUCCUGCCUCCCUGGGUGCAGUGGGCUGAGUGACCCGGGGACUGGCUUUAUCUGGCCUUGGAAGGCUGCAGCACCUGGGCACUCACACUUUGGAGGCGCGAGGUGGGUAGCAGGAGCCCCAGUUCUUCUGCGCCCCCUAGUGGUCUUUCCCUUAGCUUUAUGCCCGCUGAAAGAAGUUCCCUCCCUCCAAACUCUUCCGCUGCCUGCCUAGGGAGCAGAGCUGUGAAUUGGGGCAGCCGCGGUCCCUUGGUCCCUGGGGUGGCCCCUGGAUGGUGUCCAGAUGGUGUGUUCGGCCGGCCUGGGCAGGUGCCUCUGCUGAGGCCAGGGCUUAGAAUGAGUCCUGUGACCUGUUUGUCAUCUGACAGCCCAGAGCAGACCUUCCUCCCUUGUCCCAGCCAGCCCCCUUCCAGGUCGUGUUCAGUGUGACGGGGGCUCACCCUGGCAGGAGCCGGUCCAGGGCAGGAGUCUGGCUGGCGUCUUGUCCUCUGUGGCCCAGGCCAGUCGCUCUAUAAGGCAGGUUGUUCUUCCUUCUGAGAGAAUCCUGCUUUUUGUUUUCUCGGGGCUUUGUCCCUGGGGGCUCUUACGAGGCGGUACUGCAACUUGUGUCAGACCUGGUAUCUGUGUGGCUCAGUGGCUUUGUAGGGGAAGGUCAGCACCUGCUUCUGUCUCACCUUGUCAGAGCUCUCGCACGUGCUGUCUCUGCCUGCUGGGUCACUUACCUAGCUCCAUUCAGCCUUUGCUAAAAGGGUAUUGACCACAGUCAUGUGCUCAGGGAGUGGGCAACCCCUGGGGUAGCAGGGACCACGCUUCAUUCAUGGCUGUGUCCCCAGCACUCAGCUGAGGGCCUCGUGUGCAGCAAGAUCAAUAAAACUUGUGAAAUGCA